AGAAACGAGGCCUUUCCUUCUUUUCCCUCCCCCCUCAGGCACAACUCCAGGCCCGGCUGCAAACCCUGAGGGAAGCCAGGGACAAACUCCUGGAAUUCCGGGAGGCCGAAAUGAGGAGGAACUGGGAGUGUUUGGAAAAGACGGAAUGCGAGCGGCAGAGGAUCCUCUCCCACUUCCAAGGGCUCCGGGUGUCCCUGGAGGAUCACGCCCGGGGGCUCCUGGCCCGGCUCCGGGACCUGGAAAAGGACCUGGAAAAGGAGCAGGAGGAAAACCUGACGAGCCUGACCCAGGAGAUCUCCCGCCUGGAAACCCGGAUCCGGGAGCUGGAGGAGAAAUGUCGGGAACCCUCCAGGACCUUCCUGCGGGACAUCGGCAGCACCCUGAGCAGGUUCCAAAAUGAACAAUUCCAGCUGCCCCCGUCACCUCUUCCAGAGCUGGAAAAGAAAAUCAGCAAAUUCGGGGAGAAAAACCUGGUCCUGGAGGAGACCCUGAGGAGCUUCCAAGACAUCCUGAUGUUCGAGCUGCCUGAAAAGAUUCUGGUGACCCUGGACCCCUCCACGGCCCACCCGCAGCUCGUGGUGGCCCCCGACGGUCGCAGCGUGAGGUGGGAACCCCCCCGGGACCCCCCUGGGGACCCCCAAGAGGAGACCCCCGAGGACCACCCUGAGGACCCCCCGGGCGAGCUGUGGUCCGUGGGGCUGUGCCAGGGGCAGCUCUGGGCGCUCACGGCCCUGGAGCGGGUGCCCCUGGCGCGGGUGGGGGUCCCCAGGAGGGUGAGGGUGUCCCUGGACCACGGCGGGGGCCGGGUGGCGUUUUUGGACGCCGAGAGGAGGGAGCUGAUCUUCGCCUUCCCCGCGGCCUCGUUCGGGGGGCAGAGGGUGCACCCCUGGUUCCUGGUGUGGGGAGAAGGUGCCCGGAUCGCCCUGUGCCCCUGAGGGUCCCUCCCCUGGGAGGGGGGCGAGGGGGGUCCCCCCAUUCCCAGGACUGGCUGCCCGAGUCCUCCCCUUCCCCUCCAUGCUCGGGAUCUCCCUGAGAAUAAGGAAACCCCAAAA